UUGGCUCGUACCAUUGUUCCGAUCGAAAAGCUCCCGAGAUUGCCAUGUCAUGGUCGAGCUUUUCGAUGCCAGUCAGAUCCGAUUCCUCGUUGAUAUUGUCAUGAAGUCAUGGCACUAAACGCUUUCGAGAAUAUCAUCUUUUUGUCAUGGAGCUGUCACUGGGAACAGUAGCGUAGUGGUGCGCAAGGGGGCAGUGACUGUAUAUAAUAGAAUUGAGGCGCCCGCUCACUGUUCUGCACCUUCGCUUCACUCCAACCGAAGUCAAGAUGCUCUCCAAGGCCAUCUUCAGCACAUCGCUGCUCUCAGCGCUCGCCGCUGCCGCACCUGCGCCGCAGGUGGAGGGUUAUACCAACGCCGAUGCGUCGUUCUCGGUUGACUACCCUACUGGCACACCUGCCACCAGCUUUGGCCCUGACAGUCAGAUACCUGCUCAGGCCACUCAGACUGGCUCUGCCUACCCCCGCAUCAGUGCGGACCCUACUGGCGCCACCAGCCACGGUCCCUUCUCUGGUACUCCUACCACGACCGGCGCUGCUAAGGCUCCCGCCACCUUGGGCACUGCCAUUGUUCCUGGCCCACCAAACCCUACUGCCACAUACUACAACACCAAUGGCUUACCCCAGAACCCCAUGCCGAUCCCCUACACCCCGGCUGGCGGUCUUGGCACCAACGGCUCUGAACCUCGCUACAUGGUGAACAGUGACUUCGACUACGAGUCCAUCCAGCUCGGUCUGUACCAGGAGUGGAUUGAGCUCGACUUGUUCAACAACGGCCUCGCCGUCUUCUCGGAGGAGGACUUCCUCGAGGCCGGCCUGACAGCCGAGGACCGCGCCUACAUCGCCUUCAUGGCGGUCCAGGAGACGGGCCACGCGACGCUGCUCACCAACAUGCUCGGCGAGACCGCCGCGCCCCAGUGCACGUACGACUACCCCUUUCGCACCGUCCGCGAGUUCAUCGACUUCAACCAGAAGCUGACGCGCUGGGGCGAGUCCGGCGUUUGGGGUUUUAUUAACCACCUCGACUCGCGCGAGGUCGGGCAGCUGCUCGCGCAGUCUAUUGCGACGGAGGCCCGCCAGCAGAUGUCGUUCCGCCAGAUGCUGGGUCUGCAUCCCAUGCCUGUGUGGUUCGAGACCGGUAUCCCGCAGUCGUGGGCUUGGACUUACUUGGCGCCGUACAUCAGCUCGUGCCCGGAGAACACCACCAGGCUCUCCUGGCAGAACAUGCCAGCCCUUCACAUCGUCAACCAAGCCAACCCCAACCGCUUCUCCCCGAACGACACCGGAGCCUACGAAGUCGCUGGUAACCGCACCGGCGAUCCCUCCGACUCCACCAUCCCCCCCGACGAAUCCUGCGUCAACAUCGACCCCAAAGAACACCCCGGCUACUCCUGCGCCCCCGGCAUUGUCCGCAACCGCAGCGAACCGCUCUCCUUCCCCGGCAAACUCGUGAACCUAACCUGGGACUCGCCUGGCUCUGCCGUCGGCCCCAACAACUCGUACGUGACCUCGACGAGCGCGGGUGCGCCGGCGUUCGCGGCCUGGGUCAGCCAGCUGAAUCUCACGUACACGCCGCUGGUGCUGACGGGGGAGAAUGAGGGGUACACGUAUCAGCCCGCCAGUGAGGUGUAUCAGGGCGAUCCGGCGGCGAACGACACCAUGUUCCUGGCGCUGACGGAUAAGGACUUGUUUGUUACGCCGUUUAAUCUGAGUUUGAUUAAUCCGCAUGUUGUUGCGCUGGGGCUGUAUCAGGCUGGGUAGAUAGGCGAGACCAGAUUGCGGAUUGUCUUGAUAGCGUUGGAGUGGUGGGGAGAGUAAUUGAUAGUAGUGAAAUGGUAGUAAUGAC